AAUAAUCUUGUUUGUUCAGAUCUAUGGAUAUAUGUGUAUGGUUUCAGAUCUAUGGAUAGAUUUCUAUGAAUAUGCCCUACCUACCUGUAUUUUUUUCUAGCUUUGGUAAUUGCUAAAUAUACGCAGGAUGAACUGUGUUGUUUGUGGUUCGAUGGGCAACCAUUGUCAGGAGAGGCGGGAGACUCUCAGUUCAUUUCGUUGUUAUCUUGGAAGCAGAUUUGAUGAGUUCAUGACUGUGCCUUGUUUUGUGAGGAGGCAGUUCAACAACCUUGUUGGUAAUAUCUUUUUUGUCGCUACAUCGGAUGAAGUGAAGUACAAGUUUGAUGUUAAGAAAGGCAGUUCGAAGACACGUGUUUUUGGAAGUGGAUACCAAAAAUUUCUUCGUGACUACAACCUGAAAGUUGGCGACUGUAUCAUGUUUGGGUUUGAUAGUGCUCCUGAACUGUUUGGGAUUUUUGCAGAAGGUCCUGAUGGCACUGAAAAGCAUCGUGUCGAUGGUAAUUCUGUUUUCUCCUUUACCAUGUGUUGCCCAUUUUUGUAA